AGCCACGGUUUUGUGGCUCAAGGUGUUUGCAGUUUCUGUGGCAGCAUGUCUGCUGCCAGCCGAACCCCUGAGGGUUCGCCGCCCCCGAGCGACCGCUUGACGGCCAAUCCAAUGAUCUCAGUUGCCGAUAUCCAAGCUGGCCUCAGCAAUUUCUUGCGCGAUGACUGCCCCAAUCGGGACAUCAAUGGGUUUCUGAAGGUGGUGGUGGACCAUGGCGUGACCUGGCGCACAGCUCCCAAAGCGAACGUCCUUGCCAUGGUCAGUCCGUUGUUCGCUGCCCUGGCCCCAGUAAUCCAGAACGGUGUAGCGCCAGGAAUGAAACUCGAGAAGGCCCUUGCAGCGUGCGACAAUGAGAAGAAAUGCAACUUCACUCCCGCUUCCCAGACAGAUUUCACCAACAGCAUUGCGGAGGCCAUCAAGAUGCUCUGGAUGGACUUCCGCACCGUCAAGACGAGCUCCGAGGGUCGGCGGCGCUGCUACUUGGGGGCGUCGCGCACUGAGGUGGAGAAGAUCACGAAGGUCCUCGAUCUCAUGACGCAUCUCCCUUGGGACCUCAACGACCUCAAGGCUAAGGCUAAGGCCGAUGCCGACGGUGCUGCCGACACUCCCGACGUCGAGAGGGCCCCUCCGACUCGCUCGGGUUCGGCAGCGUCUGGGCUGGGCAACGUCGAGAAGGAGAUCGAGUACGAGUCCCUCACGGAGAAGUUCGCGCUUGACUUGUCGAGUGCGUUUGCUGACCUUGCUAACCUUUCGGCGCCCAGCAGUUCGGAUGAGCAGGUGAGCAAGGUCAAGCGCCCGUCUGGCGUUACCGACUGCGACUGGGACAUGCUCGAGGUAGUGAUGGAGAAAUCAACGACUGUGCCGACGAAGCCCAUUCGCAUCUUGAAGCCGAUGAAGCGCGGCAAGGGCAAGGGCAAGGGCAAGAAGAGCAAGGACGAGAGCCAGAGGGGCGAGGGCAAGGGCGCGAAGAGCAAGGACAAGAGCAAGGUCAAGAACCAGAAGGGCAAGGGCAAAGGCAAAGCCAAGGCGAAAGCCAAGGCGAAAGGCAAGGCGAACGCCAAGCCGACAGCCAAUGCGCCAGCCCUGGCGUCCCGCGAGGAGGUGGAGGCGGCGCUCGUGGCGAUGGAGCCCCCCGCUGCGGGCGAGGAGGUCCUGGCACCGAUCGCCGACGAGCGCGGCGGCGGCGGCGGCGGCAAGAACGACUAUUGGAGGCCCGAGACCGAGGAGCUCCGCAGGCAGUACCGUGAGAUGGGCUGGGGAUGCUCAAAGUGCAGGUGGAAGGGCACCUGCGCAACUUGCUACUCGAGGCUCGGUGAGGAAGAAGGCAAGAAGGAGAAUCUGGAUUAGGCAGCAGUCGUCAAGCUUUUCGGCGCAGUGCAUCUGCGCGCGGGUCGUGGCUAGUGAAAGUCUGUUUCGGGGUUAGGCUUUGCUGUGCGAUAAAUAGCAAUGCACGUUCGAACUUGAAGGCGAUCGCCGCCUACGCGUUCUGGAAAAUACCACAUAUACAAUGUUGUUUCAC